CCACCACGCGUGUCAGGCGCAGGCUCUCCUCCUGAACCUCCUCUCCCUCACCCUCGUCUGGUGCUCCUGGCUGCUCGCUGCCGAGAGAUUCUUCAUAGUAAUGUCGGCCCACGAACACGCACUCACCUUCUCCUUACUGAACCUGCACGUCAUCAUGGCGGGCCUGCUGGUGCUGAUGCUGGUGGAAGUGAGCGGUCCCAUAUAUGGAUGGGCGCGGUACACGCACCUACAGAACCUGGGAGUGUGUUUCAUUGACCCAGCUUCCCGCCACGUAUUAUCGUACGCCGGCAUCCACGUGGUGGCCUACAUCGGGCUGCCAGUGGUGUUGUCGGCAGUGUUCGUCACUAAAGUUGUCGUACACGCUGCACGCGGCAGCGUCAGGGUCGCUCUCAUGUCGCAUAUGAUGCACACGUCUGGCACUGUACUGUGGCUGUGCGCUGCCGUACUACUGAGCCAGGCUCUCCUCACGCCAUACCACAUGCUCCUCAUGCUGGGCGCUACUUCUAGACAGAUCCCGCUACAUUUUUCUGUGACAGCGCACUGGAUGCACGUGGUAGCCAUGACGUGUGUGUACCCUGUCGUCCUCGUCAUCUCCCUGGCAAGAGAAAUGACGCAGCAAGUCUCGAACAUGAGACGAUAUCUCCAGCUAUACUUUAUGGAUCGCGAGUCCCUGGAGGAGGAACUGGAGCUGGCUGAACGCCAUCAUCAUCGACAACGACUUUAUGUAGGGAAAAGCCAAAGUAAAAGAUGCAAAGAAACUAAUUUGAGAUCUGACGGGGACAAACGGAAUGAUAUCACUAUGGCCAGGAUAAGUAGCGGGGCAUAUUCUCCUCCUAGCAACAGGGUCGUAGAGAGUGCCAACCGGUCACCGGGAAACUGUCUAGUGAGAAACAAUCAUUUUUCGACGAUCGAAGAACGGAAAAGAAACCUAAGCUUUUCCCUGUCAAGUGAAAAAGCUGGACAUUUUCCGGCUACCUCCAUGCGACGUGGAGUUUUCAAGACGACAGCGACUAUUGAACGUAAUUUAAAAGAAACUAAUUUCGUGAGCACGAGAGCAAACGUCGCUACUGAUGGAAACAAAACCAGCCCAAGUUUUGGGAGUGAUAUCGAAGUGUUAAGAAAUUAAAGGAACGAUAAUCCCCCGCUUUGCUCAAGACUACUUUAAAUCCUGAAGAGGGAUUCAAUUUGUACUAGUAUCUCAAGAUAAUACAUUAAAUAUUUUUACAAGUUUGUGUGCUUGAAACCCGGCACCGUAAAUAUAUAGGGACUUUUCGGGCUCGUACACCGGUCGGAGACCAUGCUCUGUUCGGCAUGGACUAUCUCUGUUCGGCAUGACUCCUUCCCUCAAUAACGUAGCCUCAAACAAUUCCGGACCAUCACAUUAUCAGCCGCAAGCCGGUUGACAGAUCGAAUCCAUUUAAAUAAACCAAUCAGCCCACAGGAAAACAGCCUGCUAUAGUAUGGCCCAGCAUCGUCUACCAAUGAGCAAAAAAAUUCUGCGCCACCCGGACAGAGCGCGCCAGAGCCUUGCAGUGAUGUCCGCCACCAACCUGUCCGUAUUCAUCCUUUGAGUGAACCCGCCACCAACCUGUCCGUAUUCAUCCUUUGCAUCAAAUCAGCCCACGCGCGGUCGAACGGCCACUCGUCGAUGGACGAUAGAUUUUUGAACAGAACUAUGCUGUCUGUAACCUAACUUCAAAUACCGUGAGCUAAAAGUUACGUGAUUUAACGAUACCCUGGAAGUCAUGUUCGAUCCGUGGUCUGGUGGGGCACGGCAGGUUUCAUGCAGUAAGGGAAAUUAAAUCGACCUCAAAGUUGUCUGCCGGUUUCGCACGAAAUAUAUUGAAUUUUAUCAAUCACCUUUACAGAUACAGUAUACAAAACCUUUAUUACCUUAUUCGAAACUUUCAUCGCCUAUGAGUGAAAUUUCAUAAAUUUUUCAGUUUAGAGGAGAAAAUUCUAGAGAAAACAAUGAUAAAAUGAUUCAUUACCCUCUAUUUUUUUGUUAGGUAAAAAUGUGUGUUUUUCAGCGCUCAGUGUUCAUCUAGAAACAAUUAACUUCUGUCUUAAGAUCUGACACGACUUGAAAGCCAGAAGGUUCGUCAAUAUCUAAUAUAUUUUUCGAUGAAAUCAUCAGAAUUUUGCUUCACAUUUGCACACGAAAACCAAGGAGAUAGUGAAUAUUUACUAUAAAUGCAAUAAAUGAAAUUUCAUUUCUUACUAUGAAUGUGGUGCAAUAAUUUGCAGCAAUAUGCUUAAACUUCUGAAUUUCUGAAGAAUAAUUUGGAUAUUUCCUAAUGAUCAGAUAUCAAUCUAUAAACAUUGUUCAGUAAAAACCAUUAAAAUUCGGUUAAUUCCGCACAGCAUUACGUUUUACAGUAACGGAUGUCAGCUAAUAAUUUCCGAAGUUGAUAGUCAGCUCAGGUCGUUCCGAAAUUUGCUCGAGUUUUCCUAUAAAUAACUUACAAUAUAACUUUUUUAUAUGGAUCCAAAUUUAUAAACUUUUGCAGUUUUCUAUAGACAGACAUCGCAAAAAAAAAAACAAUUAUAAUAUAACAAUGGUGCCUGUUUCCUUCAAUUAAAACCAUUUUGCCUUAUAGUAAGAGAUAUCAAUGCACAUAGUCCUAUCUGAAUAACGAGCAAAAAUUUAUUUGGAAUUCAGCAAUUUAUUGCAUUGCAUUUAAUAAUAUUAAAGACAAUUUUUACUGUGUUGGAGACCUUCACCAGCAUCGUCAAGAGGUGCCCAGACGCCACAAGACUGGCGAUAGCGGAGGCUCUCAUCAUCAAGCA